AUGGAGGCAAGAGAUGAUUGUGCAACUGACCAUUUAGUCGGGAUAGAUGAUCAAGUGGAAGCGGUAAUGGACUUGCUGGACUAUGACUUUGGUCGUGCACGGUGUCUUGGAAUUCAUGGCCCAAGUGGCGUUGGGAAGACAACCUUUGCCACGGCUCUCUUUGACAAGCUCAUUUCUAGCUUUGAUCGGUAUUGCUUCUUGCGAGAUGUCAGUGCAUCAUCACGGCGUGAUGGCCUAGUAUUUCUACAAAAGAAAGUGCUAUCCAAUAUCCUCGGUGAAACUGAGCCUAUGGUUGACAUCAGUGACGUUGAUGAUGGAAUGAAGGUUAUUGGGGAAAAAGUUCAUGAUAAAAAGGUUCUAAUUGUUUUAGAUGAUGUGGACCAUAGGAAACAGCUUGAGAAACUAAUUGGCAAGAUCACUUGGUUUGGUGCAGGAAGUAGAGUUGUAAUUACGACUAGAAGCAAAAGCAUCCUAGAAUAUGUGGAGAAAAUCAUACCUUAUGAACUGAAAGAAAUGAAUUCUGAUCAAGCUCUUCAGCUUUAUAUGAAUCAUGCAUUCAAAAGAGAAUCUCCUAGAGACAAUCAUUAUGGCAGGCUUUCAAAGGAUAUUGUUUCUACUUUGGGAGGACUUCCUUUGGUCAUUGAGGUCAUAGGUUCAUUUCUUCAUGGGAAGCACAAAACUAUAUGGAAUGAUACGCUAGAACAGUUAAGGGGCAUCGCUUAUGAAGACGUCCACCAAAAAUUGAAAAUUAGCUAUGACACCUUAAAGUUCAUUCAAAAGCAGAAUUUUCUUGAUAUUGCAUGUUUUCCUUUUCAUGAGGAGGAGAUUAAUGCAUCUUACAUGUGGAAAGAUCACGACUUUUUUCCACAAAUAGAUAUUGAAGUCCUCAGUUCCCUUUCAUUGAUAAAGAUCAGAGAGAACGGUGGGUUAUGGAUGCAUGACUUGCUAAAAGACCUGGGACGCCAAAUUGUCCAUGACGAAAACCUGGAUUCUGGAAAGCGUAGCAGACUGUGGAUUUCUGAUGAAGCUAUGGACAUGGCGAAAACAAAAGAGAACAAAAGAGAUAUCCAAGCGCUCAAUUUAGCUGGAGAUUCUACUCUACUCAUCUUAACUGAUGAAGACUUCUCAAGGCUGCCAAAUCUAAGAUUCCUUGAAUUAGACGGGGGCAGCUUUAUCGGGGACUUCACGAACCUCUUUUCAAAGUUAAGAUGGUUUUCUUGGAGUCAUUGUCCUCCAGAUUUAGUGGCAACUAAUCUGUUCUCACAAAACUUGGUAGUCCUCCAACUCUCUGAAUUUAACGACGCCAAUGAUUGGGAGGGGUGGAGCCAAAUUAAGAUGCUACACAAUUUGAAAGUUCUACAGCUGACACGUCUAAACAUGAUCAAGAUUGACUUGUCUGGGUGUUUUGCUCUGGAAAGAUUGAUCAUUAAAGAAUGUCAAGAAUUGGUUGACAUCGAUCGCUCCAUUGGGGAUCUAAAACAGUUGGCUUACUUGAAUAUUGAGGGUUGCCAUCGACUAAAAGAUUUGUCUGGUGAAAUUGGUCAGCUAGUGAAAUUAGAACACUUAUCUUUGAGUAACUGCUCAGAGUUAUUGGGACUCCCUAGCUCGAUCGGAAACCUAAAAUCAUUGAUCAAGUUGGAUCUAUCCUUCACAUCAAUUGAAGGAUUGCCUCGUUCUAUUGGAUAUCUUGCAAAUCUCAAGUCUUUAUCUCUUGCAGGAUGCAAAAAGAUUUGGGAACUUCCGGAUUCAACCGGAAACCUAGAGUCUCUAACUGAAUUGGAUCUGUCGUCCACGUGCAUCAAUGUGUUGCCUCAUUCUAUUGGAAGUAUAAAGACUCUGACUGUCAUAAAGAUGGAACAUUGCCGGCUAGCAGAGUUUCCUUCAGCCAUUGGCUUUUCAAUGAAGCUCGAAGUGAUACAUGCUAGAGGAUGUUCCACUAUGGUAGGCGAAGUUUCAAGUGAAAUUGGGAAAUUGUCCUUUCUGAAAAUCCUUGAUCUAUCAUACACUCGCAUCCGUCGGGUGCCAGAAACAAUUGCUGCGCUCCCUCGGCUAGAAGAACUGAUCCUUGAGAAUUGUGAUGAGCUGCAAGUGUUGCCUUCACUUCCCACAAGUUUGACUCGUCUACUUGUUAGUUCUCUGUCCUUGCAGUCUAUUUCAGAUCUGUCAAACUUGACUAAUCUAGUUAAUCUUCUCUUAUCAAAUGGCAAGGAAUAUCCAUCACGACUAUUUUCAGGCUCAUUCGUAAUCUAUAACUUCGAGUGGAUUAGGAAGUUAUCCAAGUUGAGAAAUUUAAAACUGUGCGUUCAGCACUUUAUCAUGUCACUAACUACAUUGGGUUCCCUUUCUCGUUUAAGGAAACUUCACAUGUCUGGCCUCCUAAACCCAAAAGUUCGCAGCUCAGUAACAGCUUGCUCAGGUUUAUCCAACUUGAGAAAUCUAAUUAUUUUGAAGCUCUGUCGCUUUCGGGACGAGGAGAUCCAUCUCAGCGGACUAGAGAAGUUGAGACAUCUAACUGUCCACCAAUGUCCAGUCCUUGAAAGAAUUAUAUUCCCCAUGUCAGGCCUGAAGAAACUAAAAGAAUUGGAAAUACGUGACUGCCCGAUGUUGAGAGAGAUUCCUGGUCUUGAGGCAUUGCGAACACUGCAGAACCAGUUCCGUCUGCCAAUUAAUAGGUUUAGUGAUCUGUCGAGAUCGCAGGAGUUGAUGGAGAAUCGUGACCAGAGGGUUCUCAUGAAAACAGACUCGGAAAGCUCCAAUUCGAGGAAGAUGAAGAGGAUUGACUCUGCCGGGGAGGAGGAGUCGACUCUGACAACAGACAAUUCGGUAGAGGAUCCACCGGCGGUGGUGAUGAAGAGGCCACGUUCGUUGUCGACGCUUCAAUCGAACAAGUGGUCUCCAGCACCGGCGGUGAUGAUCCGGGGGCCACAUUUGUUGUCGACGCUUCAAUUGCACAAGCGGUUUGUGGAGGAGUCGACUCUGAGGAAGGACAAUUCGGAGUCGACUCUGACGAAGGACGAUUCGGAGUCGACUCCGGCGUCGGACAAUUCAGAGUCGACUCUGACGACGGACAAUUCGGCGGAGGAUCCAUUGACGGAGGUGUCUAAGCCACCUUCGGUCUGGACGCCUCAAUUUCGCAAGUGGCUCACGGAGGCGGAGUCGACUCUGACGUCGGACAAUUCGGUGUUGUCUCUCACAACGGACAAUUCGCUGGAGCAUCCAUCAGUGGAGUUGCCGAAGAAGAGACCACGGUUGGUCUGGACGCCUCAAUUGCACAAGCGUUUCGUGGAUGCGGUCGUACUGCUAGGGAUUGGUAAUGCGAUGCCGAAGAUGAUACUGCAGCUGAUGAAAGUGGAUGGACUGACCCUCGAGAACGUCGACAGUCACUUGCGAAAGUACAGGCUUUAUUUGAAGACCAUGCAGAGGCUGUCCCGGGGCGUUGAUGAGCUUCCGUGCGAAUCCAUGGAGUAUAGGACAAAUGCAUCAGACACAAUGAUACCAGGAGAGUGCCAAGUCGUAACUCACGAUUGUCCGAAAAUAGGUGAUACUCCUCAGGGUGGUAUGUUGGCAAAUGCAUCAGCCACAGUGAUACCAGAAGAAUGCCAAGUCGUAAUUCAAAAUUGUCCGAAAAUAGGUGAUACUCUUAAGGGUGGCAUGUUUUACGAGGAUUAUAGAGAUAAGUUGCCUGGAAGGAUCAAGUCUUAUUUAGAUCAGCACACAUCCGACAGUACGCGCGAGGUGGCUACAGUGGAAGAGAAAAGACCAGUUGCCAGUAUCGAAAAAUAUGGUGGAACUGAUUAUCAAGUAAACCACAUCGUAAGCCUGAUGAAUAUUGAUGAUAAGGACAAGCAGAUCGUUGUCGUGAUCCAAGGAGAAGAUGGGAUUGGCAAGACGACUCUUGCAAAACUCAUUUACAACCGAGUCUCCCGUGAUUUUGAUGGAUGUAGCUUCCUCGAAGAUAUUAAAGAAACAGCUCGAGUAUCAGGAGGGCUUCAGCUUUUGCAAAUUAAAUUGAUUUCCGAUAUUCUAAAACGGGAACUUGAGGAUGUUGCUUUUGUCAGCGGGGGAAUUGAGUUUUUCAAGGACUUACUUUGCAACAUGAGAGUCCUGAUUAUUCUCGAUGACGUGGAAAAUGCUUUUCGUGUACAGAAGCUCAUCGGAGAUUGCUUUGAUUGCUUUGCUUCUGGAAGUAGGAUCCUUGUUACCACCAGAAACAGUGUCGUCCUGGAAGACUCUCCUCAGAUCCGGACUUAUGAUGUUAGUCAGUUAGAUAAAGAUCAGGCUCUUCAACUCUUUAGGCAGCAUCCAUCUAAACCACCACCUUCUUUCUUAUUUUGGAACUACGAGCUUUCGACAAGUCUUUAUGCUAAGGCAAGACUCCCAUUGUUCAUUGAUGUUAUGUGUGCAGUCUGCAAAAAUACAACGCUGAAGGAAUGCCAAAAUUUACUACAGCGACCAACAUUCCAGUGGAGGGAUUUUCAGAUUAUUUUGGAGGGAGGACUAAAUUAUGAGCAGAAACAAAUAUUUCUGGAUAUCGCCUGCUUUACCACUGGAAUGGAUAGCAGAAUUGCUUUGUACUUAUGGCAUGACUUCUCCUUGCUGCCUCCCAGUGAAAUUUUGACUCCCCUAGCCAAAAUUGGAGAGAACAACCAGAUUUGGAUGCAUAGCACGUUAAGGCGACUUGGCAGAGAAAUCGUUCGGGGGGAGAGUCUUACAAAUCCAGGAAAGCGGAGUAGAUUAUUUAAUCAUGAAAUAGCUCUCAAUACGAUAAAGCAGAAAAAGGGAACAGAGAAGGUUGAGGCACUCAGCCUUAACUUUCAGUGGCAUACUUCAGUCAAACUUACACCAGAAGAUUUUGAGAGCAUGCCAAACAUACGGUUUCUUCAAAUGGAUCAUGCAGACAUUACCGGAGAUUUUGCUAACCUUCUUCCAAAUUUAAGGUGGCUCCGUUGGCGAGGGUGCCCUCGACAUCUCCAAGUGACUAAUUUUCGCCUGGGAAACUUAACCAUUCUCGAUCUGUCGUGGAGCAAAGUUACGAAAGACUGGGAAGGCUGGGAUCAAAUAGAGAUGAAGAACUUAAGAGUUCUAGAUCUUACAGGUUGUGCUGACUUAUUAGUCACUCCUAAGUUCUCUGGCUGCAAAAAUCUGGCCAUAUUGAUUCUGGAGCGAUGUUCACAAUUGGUCAAGAUAGAUCAUUCGAUUGACGAUUUGAGGUGCUUGGUUUCCUUGAAUUUGAAGUUCUGCGCAGAGCUCAGCAUGUUGCCGGUAGAAGUGGGUCACCUGACAGCUCUAAAAGAGCUUUACAUGGAUGGGACUUCGAUCCAAGAAAUUCCCAUCUCCAUUGGUCAUCUAAAGCAGCUUGAAACUCUGACUGCCUCAAACUGCUUCUCAUUGACUCAGCUACCAAGAACGAUAUGUCACUUGACGAAUAUCUCAUUUCUUUCCCUGGAUGGCACUAGAAUUGCAGCACUUCCCGACUCAAUUGGAGAACUGGUCACACUUAAACACUUGUCAUUAAGGGAUUGCCGUCGAAUAAGGAAGCUUCCAAACUCAAUUGGCAACAUAGGGAGAUCAUUAGUCGAGUUAGACAUGUCAGGGACUGGCGUUUCUAAGUUUCCAGAUUCGAUAUUAAAUCUACAAAAUUUGAAGGUGCUGAGGAUGGAUUCUUGUUUCUUUAGAGAGUUCCCUCCUGAUAUUGGAGAGCUUGCCAGCCUCGAAGAAAUACACGCCUCCUGGUGUCGGAGUCUCGAGGGGGGUAUUCCAAGCGAGAUUGGGAAACUGCAUAAUCUGAGAAUUUUGAGGCUACGACAUUCUACUAUUUCCAGCUUACCGGCAGAGAUCCACCAACUUUCCAAUCUUCGAACACUUGAUUUACUCCACUGCGACAUGAUCAAAAAGUUGCCAAGGCUUCCCUCUAGCAUAAUGGUUUUGUGUGUAGAUGAUGAACUGAAGUCGUCGCAUUUGCCAUAGCUAGGAAAGCUAUCCCACAGUCAUGGAAACUAGGCUCUAGGGACCGUGGAGAAAUUAUGGCCUUUCCAUUUCCUUCCAUGUCGCCAUUCCAAAUUUGAAUAUGGACAUCACCAAGAAGAAGUGUUUAUAUGAAGUUUGCAAAGUCGUUUUGUAAACUUUAUAUGUGUGGAUAGUGUUGAGAAAACUCUCAUCA